UCACUACGCUAAUGCUAUUUUGUGCUAGUUUCUGACUAUUGUGUUGGUUAGGGGACCAUGACAGCCCCCGAUUCUUGAGAGUGUUUUCUAGAUAAUUAAUACUUUCACUAGUAAGCUGUUCCGAUCCUAGAGGGCAUAGAUUGGCCUCUGUUUUUAGACAGGGUAAAAGAGAGCGUUCUUGUUUGUGUUUCAGCCUGUGCUUUCGGUUUGUGAAAUUUAUCCCCAUUCUUCUGCUAUUUCCCUUUCUUCAGCGGCCAAAAAAGGAAGAAUUCUCCAUCCACGAUUUCUUCUCCUGUGCAAUUUGGGUUGCUCUUUGAAGGGUGCAGGCUAUAUGGCUAACAUUAUUGAUGCACUGGCUUUAAAGCUUCAGUCAAAGAUAUGCUACCAUAGGGAUGCUAAUAUCGACUACUUGGAAAUCAAGGAUAUGGUUGAUAAACUGGUAGAAGAGAACAAAGAGUUAAGGGCUGAGAAAAGGCAAUACCUGGAUAUGAUUAACGCUGUCAUAGAAGAGAAGGAGAAUUUGCAGCAUGAUUAUGAAGAAAUCAAAGAGCAAGUGGCACCAAUGGAGGAGCAGCUUGAAACUGUAAAGAAGGAGCUGGCCUUGGCAAAAGAGCAACUUGUGGCAGCGAAACAUGAAAAUGAGGCGACAAAACAUGAACAUGUGGUGGCAAAUGAGGAGCUUAUGGCGGCGAAACAUGAAAAUGUUGCGGAAAAACAUGAACAUGUUAUUACAAAGGAGAAGCUUGUGGUGGCAAAUGCGGAACUUGCUCAAAGAAACGAAGAGCUGGAGGUUCUUAGGAAGAGGCUUGAGGAGAGUGAAGCUAUGCACACUCAGAUUCAGCAGCAGAAAAGAAGUGCUCCUGGUCCUGAGCCUGCACAAUCCAUACGGGUAACAAGAUCAACUUAUCAACGGGAAAAGCUGCUGACAGAAAUCAUCUAAAUAAACAGAGAUUGACAGUCUGACAGUAGCAAGGAAGGAAGUCAUCAUCUUAGCUGUCUAUGAUCAUGAUGUCUGAGUCUGACACUAGCAUUAGCAGGCUAUGACACUCUUGUCGAAUUGUGUUAUGAAACUGAUGUUACCUCCAUUUAGCCACAUCUUUAAGCAACCAUUUCGUGCAUCUAUUUAGAACCCUGGUGUAAAGAUAUGAUCUCACUUUGA